CGCGCCUGCGCACUGGGGGCUCGGCGGGGUGGGGGGCAUGAGCGUGUUGCUCCCCAACAUGGCGGACUUCGACACGAUCUACGAGCUGGAGGAGGAGGAGGAGCCCGAGCCCGAGCCCGUGGUGAGGAGCCAGGAGCUGCCGCGGCCCCGCGACGCGCCGGAUCCCGUGGCGGUGCGGGGCGCCGGGCACAUCACUGUGUUUGGCUUGAGCAACAAGUUUGACACAGAAUUUCCUUCUGUUCUGACAGGGAAGGUUGCUCCGGAAGAAUUCAAGACCAGUAUCAGCCGAGUGAAUGCAUGCUUAAAGAAGAAUCUCCCUGUCAAUGUAAAAUGGCUGCUUUGUGGCUGUCUGUGCUGCUGCUGCACAUUGGGUUGCAGUCUGUGGCCUGUUAUCUGUCUUAAUAAAAGAACUAGAAGAUCGAUUCAGAAGUUGUUAGAAUGGGAAAAUAACAGACUAUAUCAUAAGCUGGGUUUGCACUGGAAGCUGAGUAAAAGGAAAUGUGAAACUAGCAAUAUGAUGGAAUAUGUAAUAUUGAUAGAAUUCUUACCAAAAUAUCCCAUAUUUCGACCUGACUGAGAAGCGGUAUUCAGUCUUUCAUGUUACCUGUCAUUUCCUACCCUUAGUGCCUUGUAGAUGAUUUUGGAAAGAAGAUGGUCUACUUUGCUGUGAUUUAGAAAUGGUCUUUGGUAGAAUAUCUUCCUCGUGAUGUUAUUUUCUUUUGUUUAAGAAGAAAACAAUUUGCACAUUUUUUUAUGUUAAACAAGGCUUCUAUGUUGCACUCUGAAUUUUUAACGUUAACAAGAACUGAUAUAGUUGCCACUAAGGAUCUAACAUCAGUGCUGCUUAAAACUUGUUCUGAGCAUGCUGCCUUAUUCAUUUCUAUACUUGCUGUUUCUAAAUGUACAUCCUAACUCCAUAUCAUACUGUAUUUCAUCCUAAGCGUCACACUCCUAUAAAUCCUCUGUAGAAACAUCUAGGUAAGCUUUUGGUAGUUACUGAUAAUUUUACUAUAACUUGCUUGCAUCGGACUUGCAAUUAACAGCACUGGUUUUGUCCUGCACUUUGCAAAAUCAUAAUUUACAUUAGAGGGUUAAUUAUUUUACCCAAUAUGGAUUUGUAAAUAUUGAUUAUUUGCAUAAUAUGAAGUGUGGUAUUGCAAGGUUUACAGAAUGUAAUAUAGCUCUUAAUAUUGUAUUGCCAACAGUUCUACAGAUUUAUUAACGUCUGUUAGCAUCCUUCUAAUUGUAUGGACCCAUUCACAUACCAUUAUUAUGGUGAAGCCAUAAUGAGUUUGUAUAUACUAUCAGGUGUAGGAUUCAGUUGCACUUUGCUUUAGUAAGUGGAUUAAAAAUGUUUAGUGUUUCAGGUGUCUUGGUUAGCACCUGAAAUAGAUUCAAACUAUUUUAAGGUUCUUUUUGGAAAAGUUACAUUCGUGGAGCAAACUGCGACAGCUAUUACUAUCAGAAUAUCCUAAAAACCUAUUUUUAGAACAAGAAUGUUUAAAUCGCUUUUUUUUUUAAAU